UCCGCCCACUGCCGUUUCCCGCCCCGCCCCCAGGCCGCAGGCUUUUGCCUAGGUCUUCAGAGGAAGUGGCUGCAGUGCCGCGCCUCUUUCACUUCGGACACAGGGGUGGAGGUAGGAGGAGCCUUGGCGGGAAGGCUAGGGCCGCUUCUCUAGCCUGCGCGGUCAUUCCUCGUCUCUGUGGUCAGAGAGGGGGUGGAACCCAGCCAUAGGGCGAGAACCGGGUGGGGCACCCCUUACCCGGACUCCGCCUUCCGCCCCAACUCCGCCUUCCAUCCCCCCUGGGGAGGGGUGGGGGUGUGGGGAUCCUGGGCUGUGGCGAAGUCACUGAAGCUUCAGCCCCGGUGCAAAGCGGACGGACACGCCUGGUGCCCCGGGGAGGGGCGUCACAAGGCGGAGGAGAAGCAGUAAGAGGAGGUGGAAGGGAAGAGACAGCCUCUUAAGACCUCUCCAGGCUCUGACCUCAGGGGCUAAGGGACUAUCUGGAGGGGGAAGCCAGUUUCCUCCACCUGGGCUGCCUGAAGAGGCCACGACCCUGGACAAUCCUAAGCCAACUGAUCCAAGGGCCCCAGCACCACUCCAGGGACCUAAAGCAACAGUCUCAGGGACCACUUCAAGGUUUCCAGUUGCCUAGACAACGAGCCCUGGGUCGAAGCAACAGCCCUUCCAGCAUCUGCCCGCAACUGCAGCCUUGGGCAAUAGUCCCAGCCCUCAGCCUGCCCACCAGUCCAAGUGACAUGCCGGUGCUUUCUACUCCACGAUCCUCGAGGGUAACCACGCUGAAGCGCACAGCUGUGGUCCUGGCCCUCACAGCCUAUGGAGUCCACAAAAUCUACCCUCUAGUACGUCAGUGUCUGACUCCUGCCAGAGGCCCUCAGGUACCAACUGGGGAGCCCAUGCAAGAAGCCUCUGGGGCCACAGCAGCCAGGGCUGGCAUGAACCGGGUAUUCCUGCAGCGGCUCCUGGUGCUCCUGAGGCUGCUGUUCCCCCGAGUCUUGUGCCGGGAAACAGGGCUGCUGGCCCUGCAUUCUGCUGCUCUGGUAAGCCGAACUUUCCUGUCUGUGUAUGUGGCCCGCUUGGACGGCAGACUGGCCCGCUGCAUUGUACGCAAGGACCCACGGGCCUUUAGCUGGCAACUGCUGCAGUGGCUCCUCAUCGCCCUUCCUGCCACUUUCAUCAACAGUGCCAUCCGCUACCUAGAGGGCCAGCUGGCUCUGUCUUUCCGAAGCCGUCUAGUUGCUCAUGCCUACAGCCUCUACUUCUCCCAGCAGACUUACUACCGAGUAAGCAACAUGGAUGGACGUCUUCGAAACCCUGACCAAUCUCUGACGGAGGAUGUGGUAGCCUUUGCUGCCUCUGUAGCCCACCUGUAUUCCAACCUGACCAAGCCGCUCCUGGACGUGGCUGUGACAUCCUACACUCUCCUUCGAGCUGCCCGCUCCAGAGGAGCUGGCACAGCCUGGCCCUCAGCCAUCGCUGGCCUGGUGGUGUUCCUAACAGCCAACGUGCUUCGAGCCUUCUCUCCCAAGUUUGGGGAGCUGGUGGCAGAGGAGGCCCGGCGGAAGGGAGAACUGCGCUACAUGCACUCCCGAGUGGUGGCCAACUCAGAGGAAAUUGCCUUCUACGGGGGCCAUGAGGUGGAACUGGCACUACUACAACACUCUUAUCAAGACCUGGCUUCACAGAUCAACCUUAUCCUGCUGGAACGCCUAUGGUAUGUCAUGCUGGAACAGUUCCUCAUGAAAUAUGUGUGGAGUGCAUCUGGCCUGCUCAUGGUAGCUGUCCCCAUCAUUACAGCAACCGGCUAUGCAGAGUCAGACUCAGAAGCCAUGAAGAAGGCAGCCUUGGAAAUGAAGGAGGAGGAGCUGGUUAGUGAGCGCACAGAAGCCUUCACCAUUGCCCGAAACCUCCUCACAGCUGCUGCAGAUGCCACCGAGAGGAUCAUGUCAUCCUACAAGGAGGUGACAGAGCUGGCUGGCUACACAGCCAGAGUGUAUGAGAUGUUCCAGGUAUUCGAAGAUGUUCAACACUGUCGUUUUAAGAGGACUGGGGAUCUAGAGGAGGCUCAGGCUAGGCCUGGGGCCAUGGUACAGUCUGGUGUCCAUGUAGAAAGGCCCCUGAAGAUCCAAGGCCAGGUGGUAGAUGUGGAGCAGGGGAUCAUCUGUGAGAACAUCCCCAUCAUCACACCCACAGGAGAGGUGGUGGUGGCCAGCCUCAACAUCAGGGUGGAAGAAGGCAUGCACCUGCUCAUCACAGGCCCCAAUGGCUGUGGCAAGAGCUCACUGUUCCGAAUCCUGGGUGGACUCUGGCCCACAUACAGUGGUGUGCUCUAUAAGCCCCCACCCCAGCGCAUGUUCUAUAUCCCUCAGAGGCCCUACAUGUCCGUGGGCUCCUUGCGUGACCAAGUGAUCUAUCCUGAUUCUGCGGAGGAUAUGCGGAGGAAGGGCUGUUCGGAGCAGCAGCUGGAAGCCAUCCUGGGCAUCGUGCAUCUCCGCCACAUCCUGCAACGGGAGGGAGGUUGGGAGGCUGUAUGUGACUGGAAGGACAUCCUAUCUGGAGGUGAGAAGCAGAGGAUUGGCAUGGCCCGCAUGUUCUACCACAGGCCAAAGUAUGCCCUCCUGGAUGAGUGCACUAGUGCUGUGAGCAUUGAUGUGGAAGGCAAGAUCUUCCAAGCAGCCAAAGAUGCUGGUAUCGCACUACUGUCCAUCACCCAUCGGCCCUCCCUAUGGAAGUACCACACACACUUGCUGCAGUUUGAUGGGGAGGGAGGCUGGAAGUUUGAGAAGCUGGAUUCUGCAGCCCGCCUGAGCCUGACUGAGGAGAAGCAGCGCCUGGAGCAACAGCUGGCAGGCAUCCCCAAGAUGCAGGGGCGCCUUCAGGAGCUCUGCCAGAUCCUUGGCGAGGUUGCAGCCCCAGUUCAGCCCUUAGUCCCAGGUGUCCCCACUUGACUGGGGACCUUGUCCCCAGCCCCUACCCUUCUCCAGGCUCUCGGAUCAUAUGAAGGAAGCUGCAGCUCUCACCCUCCCUUCACUGCCCUGCAUGCCUUCCUCCUUCCUAGCCAAUUGCCUGCCUUCUCUAAAGAUCCCACUCUUGAGCAAGUGGAUAUGAAUGAGGACACUCUGCUUCUUCCUGCUCCCAUCCCACCUUCACCCUGAGAUCUGCUCCAUGUACUGUGCCCUGUUAGGGUAAUGUGUCCUUUACUUUUCUCUGAGGAGUAGUGGAGGGUUUGGAAGACCCUAGUACUGACCCUAUACCAGUAUGGCUGAGCCAUAGGAAGUAAACAGGAGCUGCCACCUUACUGCCAGCAACCAGAAUGUUUGGCAAGCCUCGUGGUUGUGAAACCCAAGUCCUCAUUGUUCCUUUGAUCCAUCCCUUUGUUGCCAUUUCUUUGGGUGGCCAGCCAAUGCCCCUGUCCCAUAGGACACCCCCUCAUAGAAACAGCCAAAUGGGUCAUAGGAUCAGACAAGGCCCAAAGUGUGCCCUUCCCCAUGUUAACCCCCAGAACAGUACAGUGUUCCUCCUGAACCAUGAGAAAAGUGUAGCCCUGGCCUUCCCACUCCUCCAGCUUCUACAACCUAAUUUAUUGGACUCCCAGUUUAUAGCUGUCUGAAUUGCCAACGUGAGCACCCUGCCAGCACAGGAGGUGACUGGGUGGUCCCUUUGGUCUGCCCAGCCUCUGGUGCCAAACCUGGCCCCUCACCAGCCUACACUGCCAGUUGCCACUGGGGGUGCCCUCUGCCGGCUAGGCAGGAGUGAGGGCACAAUGUUCCCAGCUCAGUGCCAAAGAGGGGUCAGAGGAGGUGCUGUGUCUGCUAAGCCAGCCCUCACCAAGAGGGGGACCCCACACACACUGCCGCUGUGUGCCUUUCCUGGGCUCUCAGCCCUCUGGCUGGGUGUUUCCCUCAGCCCCCUCAGUAAAAACCUCUGGAAAGUACA